UUCUCGGCCCCAAACGAUCCGUUAGGUCGGAGCGAAGCCGUGUGCCGAGCGGCUCGUAAAGCACAGGCCGGGUGCUUUGUGUCUGCGGUGAAGGGUUCUUGCGUGGCACAGCGGCUUCAGCCCGUUUCACGCUGCUUUGCCAUUGCCGGCCCCGCAGCCCGCACACGCCCCGGUUAUUGUUGCUAUGAUAUAGCCGCAGCGGCACGCUCGGGCUCCGUCACACCGCUGGGUGAGAGCCGGGCGGGCCCUUCCUGCGGCGGAACCAAAGGUCGGGGCUGCGCGGGGGCGGCGGAGGCUGCACCGGUGCACCGGUGCACCGCGCCGUUCCCGUUCCGUUCCCCGCUCGCCUCGCUGCCGGCUGCUGCGGGACGGAACGUGGCUGCCAUGCUGCUCCGCGCCGUCGGCUGCUGGCGCGCCGCCGCCUCCCGGCCCGGCCCCGUCUGGCUGCGGGGUGCGGCUCACCGCGGGCUACCGCUUACCAGCCGCCGCCUGGGCCUGACCCUGGCCCUGCCCGCGGGGGGACAGCGGCUGCGGAGCGGCUGCAGGGCGCUCCCCGAGGUUGCAUCUUUUCAAGGGGUAGCUGUUCGCAGCCUCAGCACAUCUGCUCCUUCUGACCACCCAGAACAUGGAAGACUGGUUUAUAAAGGAAACUUAGCAAAAGCAGUGUUAGGUGUGAGGUUUUUCUCCUACUCCACCAGUAUAUUCAACCUGUUCAUGGCACCCUACCUCAUACUCAAAACUGGUAUUGGAUUUGACAGCCUGCUUCUACAAGCUGCAUUUUAUGGGUUGAUAGGGUUUUUCACAUUUGUUACUCCAGUUACUUUGCAUAUCCUUACAAAGGGCUAUGUUAUUCGACUCUAUUAUAAAGAGGAAAUGGACACAUACACAGCGAUUACAUACAAUGCAAUCUUGGCUGAAAAAGCAACUGUCUUCCAUCAGAAAGAUGUAAAGAUUCCAGACAUCACCAAGAUGUUUACAACAUUUUAUGCUAAAACUAAAUCAAUGCUUGUUAAUCCAACGCUUUUCCCGGAUCCUCAGGAUUACAACCGUCUCAUGGGCUAUGACAAAGCCUUUUGUUUUGAUUUUGAGGAGGAAGAGAAAGAUGGUGAAAGUAAAUAAUUUGAAGAUGAAGAACGUCACUUACUGUUCAUUGUGCACUGCUAUAAAUGUGAAAGAAUGUUAAACUGUAUUACGGUUUCUAAAGUAUCAGGUAAUGUUAGAGUUUCUCAAAUUUUGGAAUGUACUGAAUUUUUUUUUAAACCUGUAAACAAUAUGCAGAGUUUCUUCAGAGUUAGCGACACAAAAUACACUAAAAAAUGUUUCUGUUUUUGUUGUGCAUGUUCUUGGUUUAUUUUUUUAUUACUAACUAACCAAGAGAACUGUAAAAUGCAUGGACUGUGCUGCAAACUCACCAUCUCUGCUUUAAAAGGAACCAUUCAUUAAAAAAAAAAAAAUCAGGAAUGUUAUUACCUGUCAAGCACAUUGUUAAGUUUUUAAGAUUAGAGAUCAACUGUACUUAACACAAAAAGGUCAGGCUUUUUUUAAUGGAUAUUGCUCUUCAUCCCAUGAGAGUAGGGUUAGCCUUCACUUCAAAAAGCAGGCAGGUAUUACUGCUAACUCCUCUUGUAGCCUCCUUUUAGAGGUCUGUGGGUCUCUGGAAAAGAUGGAAAGAGUGGCUGGGUCACAGCAAUCUCUAACUAUUCACAGCUACUUAUAUGGUUUCAUGAGAUAGAGUCAUGCUCCCAAGCAGCUCUGUUCCCAGAGCUGGAAAAGAAGUAGCCUGUCUCUUCUGUGUGUGGUGGAGGGGGCAUCUUAGCGUCAAGGUCUAUGCUCUGAAAAUCUUGUUAAGACAAAUAUUUGCACCAAUUUAAAAUACCACAACUAGUGGUUUAAAUGGAUUCUUUUGGCGUUUGUGGAAGCCAGGGAAACAAAAGGGAAUCUCUUACAGAGUACUGUUUAGAUCUUGUGCCUUUAAAAAGUAUACCUCUUGAUUUUUAGCUCUGCAAAGAAAGUCACAUUUAGUUCAAGUAAAGAGCAUUAGAUCUUCUCAUGUAACUAGACUGUUUAAAUUAGUUCUGCACUCUGCACUCUGAAUGUGUGGAAAUUGGAUUUAAACAUUUUUAAAUCAAGCAGGAGGUUUGUCACGGAAACUGACAGAUACUUGUGUACAAGUAAUGAAGGCCUGAAUAUUUUGAGGCUUAAAAAAUUACUGAAUUAAAAAAGAAUAGGUGCAGAAUUCAAAUUGAUUCUUUUAUAUUAGCAGCUUUAAGUUGGAAAGCCUGAUCUAUCUCUAUUAAGCAAGUAUCAAUAGGCAAGUAAGCAGCGAUUUAUUUUUGUAUGUUUAGUGCAUUAUACUGAAAGCAGGAGGCCAGUAAUAACCAAUUCUAAUCACACGGUUAUGGUACUUGUUAUUGUUGAAGUCAUGUUUUACACCAAAUUAAAAAUUUGUCCAUUGUUUUCAUGUCGGAUGUGUUAAUUCUCUUUUGGGCUCAUGAAUAAAGUUAACUUCAUCUUUGAAUGCCAGAUAGUGGGAGAACAGGAAGUAGUUUGCAAGGGUCAAUAAAGGAGAGGCUCCAACUGUGUGUUUAUGUACUGCUUAAGCAAUACCAAAAUCCUCAGCCUUUUCUUCGGAUUGCAAGGAAUUUUCACAGUUGAAAUUUCGAAUUCUGCUGGAUUAAAUUUAAGCAGCAAUAAUAAGAAUUUUCCGUCCAAGUGGUUACGUUUCUCAAAAAAAAAAAAAACAGACAAGGAAAAAUUAUCUCUGGUACAUGUUUAUCUCCUGACUGUGAAAUGCAAGAUAAGCUAGUAAGUGGCUUUCUGACACAUAGAUGAUUUAAAAAAAAAAAAAAAAGUCCAGGUUUUCGCCAGCACUGAGUGAUAAUUGUGACCAUGAUGUAGUCUCAGAAAAGUAUUUUAUACUUUCACUGUGCACCUUGAAAAUAACAGUAAUCCCAUAACUUUCUUUGAAUAGUACUUUGAUAUCAAAGUGCAAUCUUAUUAAAAUGUGAAAAUAGUUUUUGCUUUCCAGCACUGGGGAAGGUCAAAGUUACUAGAGGUGCACAAUAUUCCAUUGAGUCUACAGUUUGUUUGCUCCUAAAUUGGCAAACUCUGAAUUCAGGAAAUGAGCUCUGUAUCUUCAUGGAUGUUGUUAUGGCCACUAAAUAAGUAUGCAUUUGACCCAAUUCCUGUUAGCAUUUGACUGUCCUUGUUUGUAAUUCCAGGAUUCUCAGAUUUGGCUUUUUUUGAACGUAGGUGUCUGGUUUAGAUCCCUGGAACUUGUUGAGACCAGAGGAAAAGAGUACACAAGCAAUGAUAUCUUGUUCUUUAUGUUAGAAACAAAAUAAAGAAGUGGAAAUAUAAUACAGAAAGACUUCUAGAUGCAUUUCUGUUUUACUUUCAGUCCUGAAUAGUCUAACUGAAUACAGAUAUUUCAGUUCACAGUGUCAUUACUCCCCACUUGCAGAACCCAUCCUUUUAUCAUACCACGCAGAUACUGAUGUUUAGAUGCAUUCCAUAGUGCACUGAGUGCAUUUCCAAGUUGGAAAGUGUGAAAUGAUUGAUUUCCUUCUAAGCUGGAAAAUGUGUGUAAAGCAAAACAGCCCCUUCUGCUACUAACACAUGCUGCAAGAGAACUGAUUAUAGUGUGAGUGUUUCAAUAAACAGUGUUCUUAAGUCA